AUGACUCUCACAAACCCCAAUCUUGAAGGCUACUACGUGGCUCGUGAAAUGUGGCUUUACUACUACAAUCCUUCUAAGAGGCAGUUCAUUGCUCCCAAGAAGUGCUCUGGAUGCUACAACGAUGAUAAGUUCGUGGUAUGGGCAGUAUCUGUGGCUGCACAGGCCAUUGUGGACGGUGCCAGAAUUUAUCCUGAGUUGAAGCCGCUCAUUCCUGCUGCAAUCUACACUUUCUCUCAUUACAAGAAUAACCACUUGAAAGGAUACUCUGCAGCCGAGAACAGCGGAAACGAUAAGGAUAUCUAUUACGAUGAUGACGCCCAGGUGGCAAGUGCCAUCAUCACUGCCUAUGAGGUGACUGGCGACCGUAAAUUCUUAGAUUCGGGCCGUGAAUUAGUGAGAUUCUUGAUGGGGGGCUGGCACGAAGGCAUUGGCGGAGUCCGUUGGCACGUCAGCAAGACUUACGUCAAUGCCUGUACCACUGCAGAGGUUGCAAAAGCAUGCUUGCAAAUUUCGAAGUUUAUUCCAUCCGAAGCUAAUGUUUACGUGGAUUUUGCAGCCAAAUGUAUUGACUGGCAGAUCAAGACGUUACAGGACGGAGGUGACAAGUGUAUCAUGGACGGAAUUCAACCGGAUGGAAUGAAGGUCGAUAAUGUCAAGUUGACUUAUAACACAGGUACCACCUUGUCUGCUGCUGCCCACUUAUACAGCAUCACCAAGGAUGGAAAGUGGAAGGAAAUUGCUGACGGAUUGGCUGAGGCUUCCAUCAACAGAAACUCGCCCUUCUACGACCGUGACUACCCCGAUGAAUUGAGAUAUUGGCGUGAUCCUUCGUACUGGACUUCCUUGUUGAUCGAGGGAUUGGCAGACUACUUGUUGUAUGUGGGGCCUGAUGUCCCUGAGGGUUUGGCAGGUAGAAUCCAAGACGAAACUGCUAGACACUUGAAAAUGUUUUACAAGUACGCCAAAGACCCCAAGGACGGAUUAUAUAUCCAGACAUUUGAACCUAACCGUACCUUCCCCGAAUAUUACGAAAAGUACUACAAGGAAGAAUUUGGAGGCAAGAAGGGCCAUGGAAUGAGAAACGAUGACCGUGAUGGAGACACUCAGAACCCACUUAAGUGUCUAAUGGGAUUGAGUUCUGCUGCCCGUGUGUUUUUCCAGGGUGCCAGGAUCUGUCCUCAACUCUAA